UUGUUGUUGCUAUUGAAUAACUGUCUGUCGUAUUUAUUUAUUGUCUAACGCAUCAACACUAAUGGAAUAAAGUAAGGUGGACACGCGACAGAGUAUUUUUUCAACAUCACAAUAGACUACAGUUGAUUGUUACUAAAAGUAUAUUUAUUUAGAACAAAAGACGAGGGAGCCUGGACCAAAAUACCCUCGAUAUCUUUAAUUGAAAAAAAGGGGAUGAAACCACGGAGCUCCUUUUCAUACGAAGACUUCUAACACGAGGUCGCGCGCUUGCUUUAGUUUCAUAGCUCCAGAGAGUGCACUUUCCAACUGUUACUCCACGAUCACAUCUACCGUUAACAAGUAACUGUUUAAGGCUGUCAGCUUUAGAAGGUAUAUAGCAACAGCCAAAUUUUCUCAUUAAUGCGCAUCCUAUCAUAAAACUUAGGCAGUGAUUCCAAAGAACGGAAAAUUUAUUCUCUGACUGACCAAAUGUUGUUUUCUCACUUUAUUAUCGUGCUUUUGAUAACUAGAUGGUCCACUUUGAAAGGAAUUUCAUUUCUAGACUUCGACAUCAGGAAUUUUUGUUCCAAUAUUGUUUUUCUACACUAUAUGGAUAUAAUUAAAUUCCGCGAAUCGGUAUCCAACGCAAGUUAUUCGAUUCUAAUUUAGAUGGCAUUCAAAACAAUCAGAGUUCACAGGAUAUAAGUUUUAGUGUUCAAAAUAAUAGCAACAUCCAUCAAUGUAAAGAUGAAUUCGAAGACCAGUCGAGUCAAAGUCAUUCAGAAUAUAACUCAUCAUUCUGGACUUCGCUUCGUAAUAUUUGGAAACACUCCGAUCGUGAAGACACAAGCUUGAUUAUAGACAAAGACGAUGAACAUAAUGAUGAAUUAAAAUUAAGCAAUCUACUAAGCGACAUAAGCGAGACCACGAAUUACUUAAUGAACAAGAUAAGUAUGUCAGAAAAAAUAAUUGCAUUUGCGAACCUAAACGGCAACUCACUUAAAACUACUUCAGAAUCAGUAAAAAAUCUAUCUUGUGGAAAGAACAUUAUUAUCGAUAAACAAAAUUAUUUAAAUGCGUUUUCGGAAAAAGUGAAAGAGUUUCCUCUUUCCAUGACUGAACGUUUAGAUAGGAUCUUUUCGAAAGUUGAAAAUUCUAUGGCUGAUGAAUCAAGCAACUUUGAUCGUUUACCUGCGUCAUCUCGCAACGAUUUAGAACACGCUGUUGUGACUCUAAGGAAUAAACACAAGUCUUUACAAGAAAGCAACAAUCGAGACGAAUUCAUGUUGUGUGGAAAUAUACUGCGCAGUAAUGGAGUCCCAACACAAAAUAAGAAACAGCCAGCACAUGGACUUAAUAAGUACAUGUUGUCUAGUACAGGAUCAGAACUCUCUAUUCACAUGAAGUUUCGAACACCUCUUUCGAUUGCUGCGAGAAAACCUAAUAUCCGGUCUGUACCAAGGUUGAUAAAUAAUUCACGAGAACAAAAAAUAUAUAAUGAAGAUUACGCAGAUCACAGAACACGGAAGACAAGCAAGUUUCAAUUGAAAGACGAAUCCAAAUACUACCAAAAUACGGAUUAUUAUAUACAUUCACCUGAAGUGACAUCUGAUAGCAGUGACUGUAUAUCUUUAUAUAGUAUAUCUGAUAUAUAAAUUACUGAACCCAGUAUUUUCAAUUUUUCGACGUACUGAGGACAUAAUAAAUAGAAAUUGUGCAACAUGACAAUAGUGUGUGUAGAUACUGCAAAGUAUUAUGAAAAAUUAAUGCCUUGCAAAAAUGUUAUGAGAGUAUUCAAUCACAAAAAAAGCUAGUUGGAAAUGAUUAAGUUGCAUGAAGAAAACAAGGCGUAUAGUGACCCUGACUCAUGUAUAUUGCUGUUUGGGUUAAAAU